UAUUUACAUUUACAUAAAAUAAAAUAAAAUUUCUUUUCAUGCUAUCUUUGACUAAAUACGAAGUAUGUCUUUGUGUAAGCAAUAUUAUUGUCCAAUUUUGAGUUUCUUACUUUGUUUUCUGAUAUUGGCCAGUGCUUUAAAAGUUGGAAAUGGCCAUAAUCUAGAAAAACAAAAGCCAACAAAUAAAUCAUCUAUUACAGCAGUUUAUAUAUUUGGUGAUUCGACCGUUGAUCCAGGCAAUAAUAACUACAUAAAAACAAUUUUUAGAAGUAACUUUCCUCCUUAUGGUGUUGAUUUGCCGGAGGAAGCUCCCACCGGAAGAUUCACUAAUGGAAGGCUCCCCACGGACUUAAUAGCUUCAUAUGUUGGUAUAAAAUCAUUAAUUCCAGCUUAUUUGGACCCAAAUCUUAGCUUGAAGGAUCUUAUUACGGGUGUAAGCUUUGCUUCGGCGGGUACGGGUUAUGACCCACUUACAGCAGAGAGAAAUAAAGUAAUUGAUAUGGCGACCCAAUUACAAUACUUUGAUGAAUACAAGAAAAAACUUCAACGUAUGGUUGGGAAGAAAAGGAUGGAGUACAUCAUUGAAAACUCAGCAGUUGUAAUUAGUUGCGGCACAAACGACAUCGUUUACACAUAUGUACCAAACUAUUUGCCUCAGCAGCCUGACAAAGUUGCAGCUUACCUACACUUCAUGCUAGACCAAAAUCAUGGCUUCUUACAGGCGUUAAUUGAUCGUGGCGUGAGAAAGAUAGGGGUAGUGGGGCUACCACCAGUGGGUUGCCUACCCGUAGUGAUGACUCUGCAUAAUUCUCUAUAUCAACCACGUAGUUGUAUUGAAUCUUUUUCAUCAAUUGCAAAAGAUUUCAACCAAAUGCUCAAACGUCAAUUGACAACCAUGCAAGCUUCCCAACAAAUUGCAACUAUUGCGUACGGUGAUAUAUUUGAACCUUUACAAGACCAAUUUUACAACCCAAAUAAAUAUGGAUUUGAGGUUGUUGACAAAGGGUGUUGCGGUACUGGAUUAAUUGAAGGAUCAUUAACAUGUAACUCUUUGUUGCCAAUAUGUGAAGACCGAUCUAAAUACCUAUUUUGGGAUGCAAUUCAUCCAACUGAACGAUCGUAUUACUUGCUUUUCGAAGCUCUUCGUCCUGUUGUUGAUUUUAUACUAUCCAAUUAGAAAAUCAGGAAACAUUAUUAAGUAGUAUUGAGUAUAAAAAGUGAAAUUUUGGAGUAAUCCUCAAUUACCCUUGUAUUACAUGAAAAUUCAUGUUUGUAAUUAUGUUAUAUGAACAAAUUUUCAUUGAAAUUCAAUUUA